AUGAGCUCUACAAUAGCUAAAAAGUUUAUUCCCUUAAUGGAUAGAAUUUUGAUAAGUAAAAUUGUUCCAAAAACUACGACGAAGUCCGGCCUUUUUUUGCCUGAAAGCGCAACUGAACCGUCCUAUACAGGAAAGGUUUUAGCAGUUGGACCUGGUAGGAUAACGAACAAUGGAAGUAAAAUCCCUCCCAGCGUAAAGGAAGGAGACGUGGUUGUUUUACCUGAAUAUGGAGGUUCUUCCUUGAAGAUUGAUGGAGAAGAAUUUUUUGUUUACAGGGAUGAUGAUAUAAUUGGUAUUAUUAAAGAUCAAUAA